UGUGACCUAUGUGCCUGUCUCUCCUCAGCUGAGCCAUGGUGGUCAUCGCGCUGUCCCCGAGCCUGCUGCUCCGAGCCCUGGCCCGGGCGGGCCGAGCUCCCCGAGCCUGCUGCUGUGCCCUGAGCUCCCGUCGGCUGCACCUCACCGCGCCCAGAAAUGAUGCAGUCAUAAUUUCUGGAAGAAAGCUGGCUCAGCAGAUCAGACAGGAAGCCCGACAUGAGGUUGAACAAUGGGUAGCAGCUGGUAACAAGAGACCCCAUCUCAGUGUGGUUCUAGUUGGAGAAAAUCCUGCAAGUCACUCCUAUGUACUUAACAAAACCAAAGCAGCGGCUGAUGUAGGAAUCAGCAGUGAAACAAUCCUGAAGCCAGCCUCCAUCACUGAAGAGGAGCUGCUUGAUUUGAUUAGCAAGCUAAAUGAUGACACCAAUGUGGAUGGCCUAUUAGUGCAGCUUCCCUUACCUGAGCAUAUUGAUGAGCGAAAGAUCUGCAAUGCUGUGAUCCCAGAAAAAGAUGUUGAUGGCUUUCACGUGGUGAAUGUGGGGCGCAUGUGUCUGGACCAAUAUUCAAUGCUGCCAGCUACACCUUGGGGUGUGUGGGAAAUCAUCAAGAGAACUGGAAUCCCAACCCUGGGGAAGAAUGUAGUAGUGGCUGGCAGAUCAAAGAACGUUGGAAUGCCCAUUGCAAUGUUGCUGCAUACCGAUGGCAGACAUGAGCGCCCUGGAGGUGAUGCAACAGUAACAAUAUCACAUCGCUACACUCCUAAGGAACAGCUCAAGCAACACACGAUUUUGGCUGAUAUUGUGGUAGCAGCUGCAGGUAUUCCUAAUCUGAUCACAGCUGAUAUGAUUAAAGAAGGAGCAGCAGUUAUUGAUGUUGGGAUAAACAGAGUGCAAGAUCCUGUUACUGCAAAGUCAAAACUAGUUGGAGAUGUGGAUUUUGAAGGAGUAAAGAAGAAAGCCAGUUACAUCACUCCAGUCCCUGGGGGAGUUGGGCCCAUGACAGUUGCUAUGCUGAUGAAGAAUACAAUUAUUGCGGCAAAGAAAAUGCUGAAAUCUAAAGAGCUUGAAGCCUUAACUGUUUAAUGGUGGACUUAUAACUUUCAAAAUCACAUUCCAAAUCAACUCCCAAAACCAGGCCGAUAGAAAUGCAAUAUUUUUAUUUAUUGUAUAGAAGUUAAUUCAAUGAUACUUUGAAGUCACUAGAUAUUUAUUUAAAGCAUAAGUAUACAAUCAUUUGUAUACAAAUGCUUUAAGCAUCUAAAUACCUGGGUCACUCCAUCUGUUUAGUUUCUAAUGAUUCCCAGUGAAGUUGGGUUUCUUUAAUAUUUAAACUAGUUACAUUCUGAGAGGUCUAAAACUUGCAGGAUGGAGAAAAUCAGCUGCAAGUGAUUUUGAUGUUAUGACAGUGUCACUUAUACAGGAAUUUAUAGUACACAGGAUAUGUGAAGCUAGCAAGUUGGAAAGAAUAUCAUUCUACAGUGAAAGAAUAAUAAUCUUCAAGGUAAAGUGCUUUCAUAGAUCCUGAAAUUUGACCACAUUUACAGGGUUGUUUGCUAGCAUUGUUGGACACUAGCUCAAACACCUGAUCUACUAUUUUGCACCCCCUAAAGUUAUUUUUCUACUAAAAAAAGUUACACAGGUUUUAAAAACAGACUUAACAGCUUUUCCAUGUAAGUCUCUAACUACUUGUUCAAAUCUAGGUAGCAUUGAAUCCUGCUAAGACAUCUUAUCAGCACAAACAGGUUGAAAGCUAAACAGUUCUCCCAGCUAUUGGUAUGUAGCUAGACCAAUAUUCAGUACUGAGGCACAAUGCGACUAUUUUUCUUUAGCCAAAGAACAGAGGUGGCUGUUGGCUCUGCAUUGGAUGUGAUAUUUUCCACUACAGUGUGAGACCUCAAAAUGCUUAGUGAAUAACCCAGGCUAACUUUGAUUAAAAAAUUAUUGAAAAAAUAAUUGCUUGGUCUCAGAAUCAUUAGGAUGGGUGAGUAACAGCCCAGAUGUUACGUUCUUGAACAUAUAGCCUGCCAGUUAAAUUGCUGCAGGGCAUUCGAUCUGUAUAUAGUUGCCUUGGAUAACUUCUGGUCUGGUAUUACUCAAAAGCUACUUUUAAACUCACUACUGUUUUGGUGUAUCACCUUCCUAAAAAGAGCUGGGAUAGCUUUUUUCCACACAGCUAAAUCACUUGACUUUGUUUCUGGUCAGAGACAGCCAUUACACCAAAUGGUUUGGUUGUCUGUUCUGGACCAGUCACUUGAUUGCAAUUACUCAACUCACUUCCACUUUUGUCAAAGAAGCAGACUGCUUUGUGUGGUAUGCAUUCAGAUUUUUUUUAAGGAGAUAGCUUCCAACUUUGUUUCAAAGUACAGGGUCAGCUGUAGUUGGAGCUGCUGCAGCAGAAGUGAAUUGUAGUUUAAAUUCAUUUCUGCUGCUUAUCUCUGAGUGUUGCACCAAAAUUUGCAGACUAGCUUCUUUAAUGCUAUCAGUACAAAAGGGAAUUUUAACGUUUCUUACCAUCUAUAGUGGACUGCAGCUUCAUAUUAAGUAGGAUGAAGAAGAUUGGAUUUACAUUUCUUUCUAGACACUUUCCUCUACAGCAAGUCAUGUGUUUCUUCUGAAGGCAAAGCCUCAAGUGUCCUGGAAAGUAGUUUGAAACACAACCCGCUCUUGCUGCCAAAUCUCUAAGAGGAAGAGAGACCUUCAUUGUGAGCAAAAAA